CCGAGGGACACCUUCCGUCGCGCCACUGGCCCGCUGGAACGAUGCACCGUACAAAAGCUCUCGUAUCAACCCAACUGUACUGAGCGCACACCGGCCAUUCGUCCCAUGGAGAAUGGUCUGCGCUUUGAUGGACCUCUGUACGCGAUGACAACCCAGAAGCAUGACUUUGUGCCCAAGCCGCAUGUACGUCGUGCACCCAUAGUGCCACUGACGGCCUUCUGUCGCCCUAGCGGUGCCAUGGAGCGUUGCACAGUCAACAAGCUAUCGUAUAUGCCAGUGGACGUCACCUGUUAUCCCCGGCCCCAGGCUGUUAAGCCGCGCCAGGGCUUCUGUCGCAAUGAUGGUCCCGUGGAGAAUUGCACCACAUACAAGCUAAGCUACUUGCCCAACUGUGUGCAGCCCAAGGAGCCGAUGCCCUGGGCCCGAUAUACAUCCUAUUGCCGGCCCAGUGGCCCCAUCGAGAAGUGCACAAUACAGAAGCUUAGCUAUGGUCCACCCGGUGCCUUUCAGCGUUGUGGUGGUCCCUGUGGUACCAGCUGCGCUGACACUGGCUGCUAUCCGAAGGCCGGCAUUUGUUGAAUCGGAAAUACGUUUUGCUUGCUCGUGUCGAUCUGUCCCGUCGCCCGUCCCCCAUCCCCCGUCCCGAUUGUUUCCUGUUACAUGUUGUUUCAAAAUCUUCAAGUCCAACUGUUUGAGAAGCGUUUAUUAGCUCGCGAUGACCAAAUGAGGACGCUCUUUUUUUUCAAAGCAAUUUUAGCACGUAUAUACAAUAACGAACCAC